UUUUUCUAACGGUGAACUUGUGCAUAAAUUAUUUGUUUCGUUUGAAGAAGUUAAGAAAUUAAUUUAACAAUAUGUAUGACAUGGGAGAUGAUGAAUAUGAAGAAGAAGAGGAGACCGAAGAAAUUUCUAGCGAACUUUGGCAAGAAGCUUGCUGGAUUGUGAUUAAUUCUUAUUUCGAUGAAAAAGGUUUGGUUAGGCAACAAUUGGACUCUUUUGAUGAAUUCAUUCAAAUGUCUGUGCAACGUAUAGUUGAAGAUUCGCCCCAAAUUGAAUUACAUGCAGAAUCACAACAUACGCAUGGAGAAAUUGAUACUCCUACACAAUAUCACAUUAAGUUUGAACAGAUUUAUUUAUCGAAACCUACUCAUUGGGAAAAAGAUGGUUCACCAUCUCCUAUGAUGCCUAAUGAAGCUAGGUUGCGUAAUUUAACAUAUUCUGCCCCUUUAUAUGUAGAUAUUACAAAAACUGUAAUCAAAGAUGGCGAAGAGCCAGUUGUUACUCAACAUUCUAAAUCUUUUAUUGGUAAAAUACCUAUAAUGUUAAGAUCAACGUAUUGUCUUUUGUUUGGUCUGAAUGAUCGUGAUUUGACUGAGUUAAAUGAAUGUCCACUAGAUCCUGGUGGUUAUUUCAUUAUAAAUGGUUCUGAAAAAGUCCUGAUAGCUCAAGAAAAAAUGGCUACAAAUACUGUAUAUGUAUUUAGUAUGAAAGAUGGAAAGUAUGCAUUCAAGGCUGAAAUAAGAUCUUGUUUAGAACAUUCUUCUCGUCCGACUUCUACUCUUUGGGUUAAUAUGAUGGCACGUGGUGGUCAAAGCAUAAAAAAAUCUGCCAUCGGUCAAAGGAUAAUAGCUAUCUUACCAUACAUUAAACAAGAAAUACCUAUUAUGAUAGUAUUUAGAGCUUUAGGAUUUGUGGCAGAUCGUGAUAUUUUGGAACAUAUUAUUUAUGACUUUGAUGAUCCAGAAAUGAUGGAAAUGGUAAAACCUUCUUUAGAUGAAGCUUUUGUAAUACAAGAACAAAAUGUUGCAUUAAAUUUUAUUGGUUCUCGUGGAGCAAGACCUGGAGUAACUAAAGAAAAACGUAUUAAAUACGCUAGAGAAAUUCUACAGAAAGAAAUGUUGCCUCAUGUUGGUGUUUCUGAUUUUUGUGAAACUAAAAAGGCAUAUUUUUUGGGUUAUAUGGUUCAUCGUCUCCUUUUGGCUUCACUUGGUAGACGUGAAUUAGAUGACAGAGAUCAUUACGGUAACAAACGUUUAGAUUUGGCUGGGCCAUUGUUGGCAUUUUUAUUUAGAGGAUUAUUCAAAAACUUAAUGAAAGAAGUGCGUAUGUAUGCUCAAAAGUUCAUUGAUCGUGGAAAAGAUUUUAAUCUAGACUUAGCUAUUAAAACAAAACUAAUAACAGAUGGUUUAAGAUAUUCAUUAGCUACAGGAAACUGGGGUGAUCAGAAAAAGGCUCAUCAAGCAAGGGCUGGUGUAUCUCAGGUAUUAAACAGACUGACAUUUGCUUCAACGUUAUCACAUUUAAGACGUGUUAAUUCUCCUAUUGGUCGUGAUGGUAAAUUAGCAAAACCUCGUCAAUUGCAUAAUACUCUGUGGGGCAUGUUAUGUCCAGCUGAAACUCCUGAAGGUGCUGCAGUUGGCUUGGUAAAAAAUCUUGCUUUGAUGGCAUACAUAUCGGUUGGUUCCCAGCCUUCACCAAUUUUGGAAUUUUUAGAAGAAUGGAGCAUGGAAAAUUUAGAAGAAAUUGCUCCUUCAGCUAUUGUAGAUGCAACUAAAAUAUUUGUAAAUGGAUGUUGGGUUGGUAUUCAUCGUGAUCCCGAACAAUUAAUGGGUACUUUAAGAAAACUGCGACGUCAAAUGGAUAUUAUUGUAAGUGAAGUUAGUAUUAUUCGUGAUAUACGAGAUCGUGAAAUUCGAAUUUACACAGAUGCGGGCCGUAUUUGCCGACCAUUACUAAUUGUUGAAAAUGGUAAAUUAUUAUUAAAGAAACGCCAUAUUGAUAGCUUAAAAGAACGUGAUUAUAACAACUAUGGAUGGCAAGUACUUGUUUCAAAUGGUGUUGUUGAAUAUAUUGAUACUUUAGAAGAAGAAACCACUAUGAUUGCUAUGUCACCUGAUGAUUUAAGACAAGAAAAAGAAUAUGCUUACUGUACAACUUAUACACAUUGUGAAAUUCAUCCUGCUAUGAUAUUGGGAGUAUGUGCAUCUAUUAUUCCAUUUCCUGAUCAUAAUCAAAGUCCUAGGAAUACGUAUCAAAGUGCUAUGGGUAAACAAGCAAUGGGUGUUUACAUUACCAACUACCAUGUUCGGAUGGAUACAUUAGCUCAUGUUUUAUAUUAUCCACAUAAACCGCUUGUUACAACAAGAUCUAUGGAAUAUUUACGAUUUAGAGAACUUCCUGCCGGUAUAAAUUCUAUUGUAGCUAUUUUAUGUUACACUGGAUAUAAUCAAGAAGAUAGUGUUAUAUUAAAUGCUUCUGCAGUUGAAAGAGGAUUCUUUAGAUCUGUGUUUUUCCGUUCAUAUAAAGAUUCUGAAUCAAAACGAAUUGGAGAUCAAGAAGAAGUAUUUGAAAAACCUAAUCGCCAGUCAUGUCAAGGAAUGAGAAAUGCUAUUUAUGAUAAGUUGGAUGAUGAUGGUAUAAUCUCUCCUGGUCUCAGGGUGUCUGGUGAUGAUGUUAUUAUAGGUAAGACAAUGACACUUCCUGACAAUGAAGAUGAGCUUGAAGGAACUACCAAAAAAUUUUCAAAACGAGAUUGCAGUACAUUUUUAAGAAACAGUGAAACUGGUCUCAUCGACCAAGUUUUGUUAACAUUAAAUUCAGAAGGUUAUAAAUUUUGUAAAAUUCGUGUUCGUUCUGAAAGAAUACCUCAAAUAGGUGAUAAAUUUGCUUCAAGACAUGGUCAAAAAGGAACAUGUGGAAUACAGUACAGACAAGAAGAUAUGCCUUUUACUUGUGAAGGUAUAACACCUGAUAUUAUUAUAAAUCCACAUGCUAUCCCUUCUCGUAUGACAAUUGGACAUUUAAUCGAGUGCUUACAAGGGAAAGUAUCUUCAAAUAAAGGAGAAAUUGGUGAUGCUACACCAUUUAAUGAUGCUGUUAAUGUACAAAAAAUUUCAACUUUGUUACAAGAAUAUGGUUAUCAUUUACGAGGAAAUGAAGUUAUGUACAAUGGUUUUUCUGGAAGAAAAAUCAAUGCCCAAAUAUUCUUGGGACCUACUUAUUAUCAACGUCUUAAGCACAUGGUAGAUGAUAAGAUACAUUCGAGGGCAAGAGGACCUGUUCAAAUAUUAGUUCGACAACCUAUGGAAGGAAGAGCAAGGGAUGGUGGUUUACGUUUUGGAGAAAUGGAACGUGAUUGUCAAAUAGCCCAUGGAGCUGCUCAAUUUUUACGUGAACGUUUGUUUGAAGUGUCUGACCCUUACCGUAUACAUAUAUGUAAUUUCUGUGGAUUGAUUGCCAUUGCAAAUUUAAGAAAUAACACUUUUGAAUGUAAAGGCUGUAAAAAUAAAACACAAAUUUCUCAAGUUAAAUUACCAUAUGCAGCAAAGUUAUUAUUCCAAGAACUUAUGUCUAUGAAUAUUGCUCCUAGACUUAUGGUUACUAAUUAAAUUAUAUUUCAUAUAGUUCUGAAAAUACCAACUUUUUCAUAUGUAUUUU